AUGAGCAGUUUUAGCAUCCCUCUUCUUGUGAAACUCCUUCCCUUACUCAUCUCUGCUUACGUCUACUGGCGCAAAUUCCAACCUCCCAGAUCACAAGGAAACCCUCUUCCGGGACCAGCAGGCCUCCCAAUUAUCGGCAACGCAUUCCAGUUUCCUAAGAAGAAUCCGUGGAAGCAGUUGAAAGUAUGGGCUGAUGAGUAUGGACCAAUAUACCGGAUCUCCGCUUUGGGGAAGACCUUCAUUGUCCUGGGUUCGGAGGAAGUCUGCAACGACCUGUUACGAGCUAGAGGGGAUAUAUAUAGUGAUAGACACUACAUCACAGUUUUGAGAGACGAAAUACACUUGCCGAUCAUCAAGUAUGGAGAUACAUGGCGCCGCCAACGCAAAUUCUUUCACUUUGCGCAACUCCAGUCACACGCCUCCAACCCACACUACAUUGCCGCGUUGAAUCAAAACGUCCGCCGAACUCUGGACGAAUUCCUCGCCACAUAUUCCACCACCCCAUCUCAAACCACAACAACCACCCCUUCCACAGCUACCGCUGCUCCUCCCCCAACUUUAGACCUCAAAACCUACUGGCACCACAUCCUGGAAGCCUACAUCUGCGGCGUCGUCUCCCAACUAGCUUACGGCUACGAAGUCAAAUCCUCGUCAGAGAAGUACGUCAGAGACUGGGUGGGGUUUUACAACGAGUUCGAGAAAGCGGCUGAACCGGCAAGAUAUGCCGUCAAUGCAUGUCCGUGGUUGAGAUUCGUUCCGCGUUGGCUGGGACCGUGGAAGGAGAGUGGGAAGGAGUAUCUCCGGCGGGAGAGGGAGAUGAUCCAUCGGAUGUUCUUUGGGGUUGGGGAGAGGAUGGGUAGUGCGCUCGCUGCGGAGAGGAAUGUCAAGGGAGAGGAAAGUGGUUCUAACGGAGCUGUAUCACUCAAGAACGAUAGUGAAGGCAAGAAGACGAAACAAGAGGAGCCGUGGUCGAUAUCAAAACUCUACUUUCUCAACCCUUCCAAAUGGACCAACACCAGCAGCACCACAUCCCCACCCUCCUCACCUUCAACCACAGCGACAUCCACAAGCCUAACCCCCCACGAGGCAGCCUACACCCUGGGCGCCUACAUCGAAGCCUCCAUGGCCGGCACGCCCGCAGCACUAAAACUCCUCUUCCAAGCCAUGCUCUGGUACCCAGAAUGGCAGUCCCGGAUCUACGAAGAGAUCUGCCAAGUGUGCGGUCGCGUCUCCUCCGACACAACUCAGCGCGAAACAGGAAGCGAGCAGUCUCCGCAACACCCAUCUAGCCCUGGACGAGGUGAUGAAGAAAAGAAGAAGCCACGAAUGCCAGACCUCAGCGACAUGCCACGCCUCCCCAUCAUCCGCGCCGUGCUCAAAGAGACGCUGCGCUGGCGGCCCACCCUCCCGGGCGGAUUCCCCCACCGCCUCACGCGAGACGAUCUCUACACACCCGCAACCCCAACAACAACAACGACGACAAAAACCCCCUACCUCUUGAAAAAGGGAUCCCUCCUCCUCUGGCACCACUACACCCUAACCCGCAACGCCGUCACCUACCCGUCUCCCGAAGCAUUCAACCCGACCCGCUUCCUCUCCCCAACCCUCUACCCGCAAACGACCCGGCUCCCGCUCUCUCUGGUCGUCAGGGCCUUCGGGUUCGGGCGGCGCGUGUGUCCCGGCACGCGCAUGGCGGAGGACAUGAUGGUGCUGUGCGUGGCGUGGGUGGUGUGUGCGGCGGAGAUUGGGCGGAAAGAGAAGACGCGAGGGAGAGGGGGGAGGGGUUGGAUGCAUUUGAGCAUGUGCCCUGGGAGGAAUAUGACGCGGGGAGGCCGACGAGACCGAGCGGGUUUGAGUUCGUGCUGGUGGAGCGGGGCGGGUGGAGGGGGAGGUUGGAGUUGGAGGGGUGAGCGCGUUGGGACGUCUACUACUUUUUCUUAG